AUGUGCGGCAUCUUCAGUGUUUUUCUGCCUGAUGGAGUAGUUGAGACGUGCUUGAGAGAGUUCGCGUACCAGGCUUCGCGGAAGCAGCGGCACCGCGGCCCCGACUCGACCGGAGUCGUCGCCGGCGACGAUUUCGCCAUUGUGCAGGAGCGGCUGAGCAUCAUUGGGCUCGUCACCGGCAAGCAGCCGCUUGUCAGCGCCGACCAGAACUUAAUUCUUGCGGCAAACGGAGAAAUCUACAACUACAAAGAACUUGCAAAGCUCGUAUCCAACCGCCGCGGCGCGCCGUACUGCCCGCGCUCCGACAGCGACGUCAUCUUGGCGCUCUACGAGGAGUUCGGCACUGAGUGCGCUUCGCUGCUGUGGGGCAUGUUCGGCUUCAUCAUUUACAACCGACAGACUCGCGAGUUCUUCGUCGCGCGCGACGGGCUCGGGCUCUGCAGUCUCUACCAUGGCCAGGGCGCCGACGGCCGGCUGUUCGUCGCCAGCGAGAUGAAGUGCGUGCUCUCGCCGGACGUCACGAUCUUCCCGCCCGGCUGCUACAUGACAGGCAACGCGCUCAACUACAAAAUUGUCGAGUACUACAAGCCGCAGUGGAGCUCGCUGAACUACUUGCCUUUCGACGCUCAGGAGCUCUACGCGCGGCUCCAAACGUCUGUGUGCUACCACAUGAACGCGGACGUGCCCAUCGCCGCGUUCCUGAGCGGCGGGCUCAACAGCUCGAUUCUGUGCUACCUGAUUACGAGGUACUACAAAGACUGUGCGCCGCAGACGCGGCUGAAGACGUUUACCAUUGGCAUGGAAGACUCGCACGACUUGGUCGCGGCGCGGCGCGUCGCGCAGUUCCUCGACACCGACCACACCGAGAUCGUGUUCCGCGUCGACGAGGCGAUCGACUUGCUGCCCGAGCUGAUUUGGUACCUCGAGACGUACGACGUCAGCACAAUUCGCGCGGCUGUCCCGAUGUACAUCCUCGCGCGCGCGGCGCGCAGCAGCGGCUACAAAGUGAUCAUUUCCGGCGAGGGCGCGAACGAGAUUUUCGGCGGCUACUUGUACUUCCACGACGCGCCGAACGAAGAGGAGUUCAGUCUCGAGACUACGCGUCGACUGCUAGACUGCCACCUCGGCGACGGGCUGCGCGCCAACAAGGCGUCGCUCGCGCAGAGUUGCGAGCUGCGCGCGCCCUUCCUCGGCUCGCCGUUUGUCACCUACGCGAUGACGAUCAACGGCCGCGACCGCAUGCCGCAGCAGCUCGGUAAUAGCGACGUCAAGGUCGAGAAGUACAUCUUGCGCCAAAGUUUCCAACACUGCCUGCCUGAAGAGAUUAUUUGGCGCCAGACCGAACAGUUCUCUGACGGCGUCGGCUACAGCUACGCCGCCGAAAUCACGCGUUACGCGAAGCAGCGCAUUGCGCCGGAGCUGCUUGCAACUGCCGCCGAACGUUUCCCUUACAACACGCCCACCGACGCGGAGUCCUACCUCUACCGCAGCAUCUUCGCGAUGGAGUACGAAGGGGACCGCCGCGCGCGCACCGGAGUAGGCGCACCAUGUCCAACCUCCAGCAGUACCCGAAUUACUUGCUCGACCCUGUGCUGA